GGGCCAUGGUCCUUCCUCACAGAGUUCCCAAAACGAGGAGUCACCAGGUGCCCCUAGGAAGGCCAAAGGACAAGGCUCAGAGGCACUGGAAACCGGUUCUUAUUGCUGCACUUUGAAGGGCCUCAGGGUCUGGUAUUGAUGUCGAGCUGCAGCCUAGCAGCGUUUCAUUUAAACCUAAUACCAGUCUUACAAACGCGCUCCCACACUGCACGUACGUGAGCCGGUUGCUCCAGGAGCAGGGUGCUGCGACUGAUAACGAGUGGUAACUCCAGCGAGUGCUCAGGCUGUCAUUGGUUGGACUUCUUGUUAUAACUGGCAAUAUUCUUCAUCCCAGACAGUCCUGGAGCUGCUGUGAGGACGCGGUCGCUCACCAUAAUUAAUAGCCUUGUUCUGCCCUAACCAAACGUUUGUUAAAUUGGAUGCAGAGCUCUCCAGGGCAGGCCAAAAAGCGUGCAGGAGGCAGCAAGCAGGCAGAAGACAGUGUGAGCUUGAGAGCUGGCUGUACCUGCUGCACCACAUGCUGUGAGCUAGCAGGUUCCCAGAGGGAAAAGCUCAGUUUGUCAAGUUUCCCAUCCUGUAGCUCGCAGUUCAGCGCUCCGUGCUGUCGGCUCGCAGGUACGGGCUGAAAGUGUGGGUGGUCGUUGUCCUGAGCUUCAGCUGGUUUGCUCUGCUGGUGCUUGGCUUGGUCCAGGACUGCAGGAAGGCUUUUCUCCUGAACUAUCCAUGGAUGCUGCUCCCAUUUCAAGUGGCAUGCCGCGUCCGGGUUAUGCUUGCCGUAACAUCUCCACCUCCACUGCUCUUCAGAGCAGAACCCACGUUAGCUAUGAUAUCAAAGGAGAUGUCGCUGUUGUACGCUUCAACACGCCAAAUUCCAAGGUGAACACCCUAUCCAGACAGUUGAACUCGGAGUUUACUGAAGUAAUGAAUGAAAUCUGGGCCAAUGAAGCUGUCAAAAGUGCCGUCCUCAUCUCUUCAAAGCCAGGCUCUUUCAUUGCUGGAGCAGAUAUCGACAUGAUUGAAGCCUGCAAGACUUCUCAGGAAGUGACUCAGCUCUCUCAGGAAGGACAGAAGAUGCUAGAAAAAAUUGAGCAGUCUCCAAAGCCAGUAGUUGCUGCCAUCAGUGGCUCUUGCCUGGGAGGAGGACUGGAGGUUGCCAUUGCCUGUCACUACAGAGUAGCAACAAAGGACAAGAAAACAAUCUUGGGAACACCUGAAGUGUUACUGGGUCUCCUGCCAGGGGCAGGGGGUACUCAGAGGCUGCCAAAGAUGGUGGGACUGCCUGCUGCCUUUGAUAUGAUGCUGACUGGAAGGAACAUCCGUGCUGACAGAGCCAAGAAGAUGGGUCUGGUUGACCAGCUGGUGGACCCACUAGGGCCAGGUGUGAAGACUCCAGAAGCACGGACGAUUGAGUACUUGGAGGAGGUAGCAAUUGGCUUUGCCAGAGGACUAGCCAACAGGACUGUGUCUGCCAAAAGAUCGAAAGGCCUUAUUCAGAAGAUAACGGACUAUGCUAUGGCUCUUCCGUUUGUGAGGAAGCAAGUCUACAAGACAGUGGAGAGCAAAGUUCAGAAGCAAACCAAAGGACUCUACCCUGCUCCCCUAAAGAUCAUUGAGGUUGUAAAGACUGGUCUUGAUCAGGGGCGUGACGCUGGAUACCUCACUGAAUCCCAGAGCUUUGGCCAACUUGCAGUGACUAAGGAGUCCAAGGCACUGAUUGGACUUUACCACGGGCAGGUGCGCUGCAAGAAGAACAAGUUUGGAACGCCGCAGCGAGAGGUCAAGACCCUGGCGGUGCUGGGAGCAGGGCUCAUGGGAGCUGGGAUCGCACAGGUUUCCGUGGAUAAGGGACUGAAGACCAUUCUGAAGGACACAGCACAGCAAGGCUUGGACAGAGGACAGCAGCAGGUCUUCAAGGGGCUGAACAGCAAGGUGAAGAAGAAGAGUCUGACGUCGUUUGAGAGGGACUCCAUUCUCAGCAACCUGACGGGCCAGCUGGACUACAAGGGCUUUGAGAAGGCGGACAUGGUGAUCGAGGCUGUGUUCGAGGACAUUAACAUCAAGCACAAAGUGCUGAAGGAAGUGGAGGCCGUGAUCCCCGCUCACUGUAUCUUCGCCAGUAACACGUCUGCCCUCCCAAUCAGCCAAAUUGCUGCUGUUAGCAAGAGGCCAGAAAAGGUGAUCGGGAUGCACUACUUCUCCCCUGUUGACAAAAUGCAGCUGCUGGAAAUAAUCACCACGGACAAAACAUCCCAGGACACGGCUGCCUCCGCUGUUGCUGUUGGCCUCAAACAGGGCAAGGUCGUCAUCGUGGUAAAGGACGGGCCUGGCUUCUACACCACCAGGUGCCUGGGGCCGAUGCUGGCAGAAGUGGUCCGAGUUCUCCAGGAGGGCAUUGACCCGAAGAAAAUAGAUGCCAUUUCUACGGCCUUCGGCUUUCCUGUGGGUGCUGCCACGCUGAUCGACGAGGUGGGUGUGGACGUGGCCGCGCACGUGGCUGAGGACCUUGGCAAGGCCUUUGGCGAGCGCUUUGGAGGAGGCAGCAUCGAGUUGUUCAAGCUCAUGGUGGAAAAAGGCUUCUUAGGUCGCAAGGCAGGGAAAGGCUUUUAUGUUUACCAGGAGGGGGUGAAGAACAGGAGCGUGAAUUCCGGCAUGGAUGAGAUCUUGGCGCGGUUCAAAGUGCCAGCCAAACCCGAAGUCUGUACUGAUGAGGACAUCCAGAUGCGCUUGGUGACGAGGUUUGUGAACGAGGCAGCCAUGUGCCUGCAGGAAGGGAUCCUCAGCAACCCCGUGGAGGGAGAUAUUGGUGCUGUGUUCGGCUUGGGCUUCCCACCGUGCCUGGGAGGUCCCUUCAGGUACGCAGACUCGUACGGAGCCAAGCAGCUGGUGGAGAAGCUGCGGAAGUACGAGGCCCUCCCCCGUCUCCUGGUUUUGGACUUCAUGCCUGCUUCUCCUCCCGUCUCGCUGGGGCAGCAGCCUCUCGGCACCGAGGAAGGGAACCGCUCGAGUCGGAAAUAA